GCCUGCAGUUUUUGUUCCCUGAUGAGAGCUGCCCCGCUGUUGCUGUAUGCGAACCGACGUGACCUGCGACUGGUGGAUGCUGCCAACGGGAAGGAGAACGCCACGGUGAUCGUGGGUGGCUUGGAGGAUGCAGCAGCAGUGGACUUCGUGUUUGUGAAGGGGUUGAUAUACUGGAGUGAUGUCAGUGAAGAAGCCAUUAAACGAACAGAAUUCAAUAAAUCUGGGAGUGUACAAAAUGUGGUCAUUUCUGGACUUCUCUCACCUGAUGGGCUGGCGUGCGACUGGCUGGGAGAAAAAUUAUACUGGACAGAUUCCGAAACAAAUCGAAUCGAAGUUUCUAAUUUAGAUGGAUCACUGAGAAAAGUUUUGUUUUGGCAAGAACUGGAUCAGCCCAGAGCGAUUGCCUUAGAUCCUGCGAGAGGGCAAGCAGUGGUUAAAGGCUCCCUUCCACAUCCCUUUGCUCUGACGCUCUUUGGGGACACGUUGUACUGGACUGACUGGAACACGCACUCCAUCUUGGCCUGCAGCAAGUACUCCGGGGAGGACCUGCGUGAAGUACAUUCCAACAUCUUCUCUCCCAUGGAUAUCCAUGCUUUCAGCCAGAAGAGGCAGCCAAAUGCUACAAACCCAUGUGGAAUUAAUAAUGGUGGCUGCUCCCACUUGUGUUUGAUGUCUCCUACCAAGCCCUCUUAUCAGUGUGCAUGUCCCACUGGUGUGAAACUUCUUGAGAAUGGCAAGACCUGCAAAGAUGGUGCCACUGAACUCCUGCUCCUAGCCCGCCGGACAGACUUGAGGCGGAUUUCCUUAGACACCCCUGAUUUCACCGACAUCGUUCUGCCCCUGGAGGACAUCCGCCACGCCAUCGCCAUCGACUUCGACCCUCUGGAGGGAUACAUCUACUGGACUGACGAUGAGGUCAGGGCCAUCCGGCGCUCCUUCAUCGACGGCUCCGGCAGUCAGUUUGUCGUCACCGCGCAGAUCGCGCAUCCCGACGGUAUCGCUGUCGACUGGGUCGCCCGGAACCUCUACUGGACUGACACCGGCACCGACCGCAUUGAGGUCACGAGGCUCAAUGGCACCAUGAGGAAAAUCCUCAUCUCAGAAGACCUGGAAGAACCCAGAGCUAUUGUGCUGGAUCCCAUGGUUGGGUACAUGUAUUGGACUGACUGGGGAGAAAUCCCAAAGAUCGAGAGGGCAGCUUUAGAUGGCUCAGACAGAACUGUGCUGGUCAACACCUCGCUUGGCUGGCCCAAUGGACUGGCCUUGGAUUAUGCAGAAAGCAAGAUAUACUGGGGAGAUGCCAAAACAGACAAAAUAGAGGUCAUGAAUGCUGAUGGAACUGGGAGAAGAGUUCUGGUGGAGGACAAGCUGCCUCACAUCUUUGGAUUCACACUGCUUGGGGACUACGUUUAUUGGACAGACUGGCAGAGACGCAGCAUUGAACGUGUGCAUAAGCGCACAGCAGAGAGAGAGAUCAUCAUAGAUCAACUGCCUGAUCUGAUGGGCCUGAAAGCUACAAACGUCCACCAGAUCAUUGGUACAAACCCUUGUGCAGAGGAUAACGGUGGCUGCAGCCACCUGUGUCUGUACAGGCCCCAAGGCCUUCGCUGUGCCUGCCCCAUAGGCUUGGAGCUCAUCAGUGACAUGAAGACCUGCAUUGUCCCAGAAGCUUUCCUGCUUUUCUCUCGGAGAGCAGAUAUCAGGAGAAUCUCUUUAGAAACAAACAACAACAACGUUGCCAUUCCACUCACCGGAGUCAAGGAAGCUUCUGCCCUGGAUUUUGAUGUGACAGACAAUCGGAUCUACUGGACUGACAUUUCACUGAAGACCAUCAGCAGAGCCUUCAUGAAUGGCAGUGCACUGGAGCACGUGGUGGAGUUUGGCUUGGAUUACCCAGAGGGCAUGGCUGUAGACUGGUUGGGAAAGAACUUGUACUGGGCUGACACUGGAACUAACCGCAUAGAGGUGUCCAAGCUGGAUGGGCAGCACCGCCAGGUGCUGGUGUGGAAAGAUCUGGAUAGUCCCCGUGCCUUGGCCUUGGACCCUGCUGAGGGGUUUAUGUACUGGACUGAGUGGGGUGGUAAGCCAAAGAUUGAUCGAGCUGCUAUGGAUGGCAGUGAGAGGACCACCUUGGUACCCAACGUGGGACGUGCCAAUGGCUUAACCAUUGACUACGCUAAACGCCGCCUGUACUGGACCGACCUCGACACCAACCUGAUAGAGUCCUCCAACAUGCUAGGCCUUGACCGUGAGAUUAUAGCUGAUGACUUGCCUCACCCCUUUGGCUUGACUCAAUACCAGGAUUACAUUUACUGGACAGACUGGAGCCGGCGCAGUAUCGAGCGAGCCAACAAGACCAGUGGCCAGAACAGAACCAUCAUCCAAGGGCACCUGGAUUAUGUUAUGGACAUCUUGGUCUUCCAUUCCUCCAGGCAGGCAGGCUGGAAUGAGUGUGCUUCUAGCAAUGGUCACUGCUCCCACCUCUGCUUAGCAGUCCCUGUUGGUGGUUUUGUCUGUGGCUGCCCAGCUCACUAUUCCCUCAACUCUGACAACAGGACCUGUAGUGCUCCGACAACCUUUCUGUUGUUCAGUCAGAAGAAUGCAAUUAACCGCAUGGUGAUAGAUGAGCAGCAGAGUCCAGACAUGAUACUCCCCAUCCACAGCCUGAGGAAUGUUCGAGCCAUUGACUACGACCCCCUGGAGAAGCAGCUCUACUGGAUUGACUCUCGGCAGAACAUCAUCCGCAAGGCACAGGAGGAUGGCAGCCAGAGCCUGACUGUGGUGACAAGUCCAGUUCCCAACCAGAACCUCGACAUGCAGCCAUAUGACCUGAGCAUUGACAUCUACAGCCGCUACAUCUACUGGACCUGUGAAGCUACCAAUGUGAUCAAUGUCACCCGCCUGGAUGGCAGACCCAUGGGAGUGGUACUCAAAGGAGAUCAGGAUAGGCCCAGGGCCAUUGUGGUCAAUCCGGAGAAAGGGUACAUGUAUUUCACCAACCUGCAGGAAAGGUCUCCUAAAAUCGAGCGGGCAGCCCUGGAUGGAACCGAACGAGAGGUGCUUUUUUUCAGUGGCUUGAGCAAGCCUAUAGCCUUAGCUCUCGACAGCCAGCUGGGCAAGUUGUUCUGGGCUGACUCAGACCUGCGCAGAAUCGAGAGCAGCGACCUGUCAGGUGCUAACCGGAUCGUGUUGGAGGACUCCAAUAUCCUGCAGCCCGUGGGCCUGACUGUGUUUGAGAACUGGCUGUACUGGAUCGACAGGCAGCAGCAGAUGAUCGAGAAGAUCGACAUGACCGGGCGGGAAGGGCGCACAAAGGUCCAGGCUCGCAUUGCACAGCUCAGUGACAUCCACGCUGUGAAGGAGCUCAACCUUCAGGAGUACAGACAACAUCCUUGUUCUCAAGACAAUGGUGGCUGCUCACACAUUUGCAUUGUGAAGGGUGAUGGCACCACACGCUGCUCGUGCCCAGUGCACCUUGUUCUGCUGCAGGAUGAGCUGUCCUGUGGAGAACCACCAACAUGCUCCCCUCAGCAGUUCACCUGUUUCACAGGUGAGAUUGACUGCAUCCCGGUCGCCUGGCGCUGUGAUGGGUUCACUGAGUGUGAAGACCACAGUGACGAAAAGAACUGCCCAGUGUGCUCAGACAGCCAGUUCCAGUGUGAGAGUGGGCAGUGCAUAGACAGCGCCCUCCGCUGCAACGGGGAGGCGAACUGCCAGGACAACUCGGAUGAGAAGAACUGCGAAGUGCUUUGCUUAACCGAUCAGUUCCGCUGCGCCAGUGGGCAGUGCAUCGGGAAAAGCAAGAAAUGUGAUCACAACCUGGACUGCAGUGACAGCUCAGAUGAACAAGGAUGCUACACAACGGAGGAGCCUGCCCCACAGCCCAACAACACCAUAGGCUCCAUUAUUGGGGUGAUCCUCACAGUGUUCGUGGUUGGAGCAAUGUACUUCAUCUGCCAGAGGGUGCUGUGCCCACGCAUGAAGGGAGAUGGGGAAACAAUGACCAAUGAUUACGUGGUGCAUGGACCAGCCUCUGUGCCUCUUGGAUAUGUGCCUCACCCAAGCUCUUUAUCAGGGUCUCUUCCUGGGAUGUCCCGAGGGAAGUCUGUGAUCAGCUCCCUCAGCAUUAUGGGAGGGAGCAGUGGACCACCUUAUGACAGGGCCCAUGUCACUGGAGCCUCUUCCAGUAGUUCUUCAAGUACCAAAGGCACUUACUUUCCUCCAAUUUUGAACCCACCACCGUCCCCAGCUACCGAACGCUCCCAUUACACCAUGGAAUUUGGUUACUCUUCAAACAGCCCCUCCACUCAUAGAUCCUACAGCUACCGGCCGUACAGCUACCGGCACUUCGCGCCGCCCACGACGCCCUGCAGCACGGACGUGUGCGACAGCGACUACGCCCCCAGCCGCCGGGUGACGGCGGCGGCGGCAGCGAAGGGCUACACCAGCGACCUGAACUACGACUCGGAGCCCGUGCCCCCGCCGCCCACGCCGCGCAGCCAGUACCUGUCGGCAGAGGAGAACUACGAGAGCUGCCCGCCCUCGCCCUACACGGAGCGCAGCUACUCGCACCACCUCUACCCACCGCCCCCCUCCCCCUGCACGGACUCCUCAUGA